AUGACGGCCCAGAAUGGUGUUACCAAUGGCAACCACCACUCAUCGCCAAAGGUCAGCUUUACUGAGUUUACACAGUACAUCGACGGCGCUGCAGUUGACACGAAAGCGACUCGCUGUGGAAUCAACCCGGCUACCAAGCAGAAUCUCUGGCCGGUCCCAGUAUCCACCAGCGACCAUCUUGAUAGAGCUGUAGAGGCUGCGACAAAGGCCUUCAAGACAUGGUCCCGAAAACCAUAUGAAGAGCGUCAAAGAUCGGUUCUGGCUUUCGCUGAUGCAGUUGAGGAGUAUAAGGAGGAGCUAACCAAUUUGCUCACAACCGAGCAAGGCAAGCCGACAUGGCAAGCCGCUCUGGAAGCCGGUGCAGGCAUUGAUUGGAUUCGAGGAAUGGCAAAGCUUUCAGUCCCCGAAGAUGUGGUCGAGGAGACCGACACCAAGAAAACCGUCGUGCGCUACACGCCAAUUGGUGUCGUGGGCGCCAUCAUUCCUUGGAAUUUCCCCCUCAUGCUGUGCACGGCCAAAAUCGCACCAGCUUUACUCACGGGCAAUGUUGUCAUCUGCAAACCCUCACCGUUCGCGCCGUACUGUGGCCUCAAGCUGUGUGAGAUUGCACAACGAUUCUUCCUUCCCGGAGUGGUCCAGUCAAUCAGUGGUGGCGACGACGUUGGUCCAUGGAUGACGAGUCAUCCGGGCAUUGGCAAAAUCAGCUUCACAGGGUCGAGUCCGACAGGGAAACUGGUCAUGCAAAGCUGUGCGAAAACUCUGAAGAGAGUGGUUCUCGAGCUGGGCGGCAACGAUCCAGCUAUCGUCUGUGGCGAUGUCGACAUCGAGAAGGUUGCUCCCAAAAUAGCCACGUUCGCCUUCCUCAAUUCAGGUCAGAUUUGCUUGAACAUGAAGCGAAUUUACGUCCACGAAUCGAUCUAUCAGGAGUUUCUCACAGCCAUGGCGAGACACGUGAAGACUAUGACUAUGGGCAACGGGCUCGACAGCGGGAUCGUUCUAGGUCCUCUCCAAAACAAAAUGCAAUAUGACCGUGUCGCGAGAUUCUUCGACGACAUUCCCAAGGAGAACUGGAAAGCCGUCACCGGAGGGAAGAUGAAAGACAGCAACGGCUACUUCAUCGAGCCCACGAUCAUUGACAACCCGCCCGACAACAGUAGGAUCGUCAUGGAAGAGCCAUUCGGACCGAUAGUCCCGGCACUGCCUUGGAAGACUGAGGACGAGGUAGUCAGGCGCGCGAAUGACACCCGAAUGGGGCUUGGUGCUUCGAUUUGGAGCAGAGAUCUGGAAAGAGCUGACAGGCUGGCGCGGCAAAUGGAAGCCGGGAGCGUCUGGAUCAAUUCGCAUUUUGACCUGUCGCCUCUCGCCCCUUUCGGAGGCCAUAAGGAGAGUGGUAUAGGGACGGAGUGGGGCAUCAACGGCCUCAAGGCAAUGUGCAACGUCCAAAGCAUCUUUUAUAACAAAUCUUUGGACGAGGUGUAG